UGGGGACCCCUGGGAUUUGGGGACACAGGGCUCUGUGAAGCCAGCGGGUGCUUGGGGCCAUGCAUUCCCACUGAAAGGAAUCAGCGGUGCUUGCAAGAAGUGCCGUGCGCUGGAUCCUGCGGGAAUUUUUUCCCCUCCCUCCUCCAGUCCGCCCCCAUCCCUCUCUUGUGCCAGGCGUGCAGGCGCUGCUCUUCAUUUCUGGGAAACCAUGGACAAGAAGCAAGAUUCCAAAGGAUCCUUGGAGCCACACAAACCAGUGAAAGGCAAGAAGAAACGGGACCUGAGGAUAACAUGUGUCCCCAUCAAACCACCCGUGGCCAACACCACGCCUCCCAGGAACUUGGACUCCAGGGCCUUCAUUACCAUUGGAGAUAAAAACUUCGAGGUGGAAGCUGAUGACCUGGUGAGCAUUUCAGAGCUGGGCCGUGGGGCCUACGGCGUGGUGGAGAAAGUGCGGCACGCGCAGAGCGGCACCAUCAUGGCCGUGAAGAGGAUUCGAGCCACUGUGAACACUCAGGAGCAGAAGAGGUUGCUGAUGGACCUGGACAUCUCCAUGAGGACAGUGGACUGCUUCUACACAGUCACUUUCUACGGAGCCCUGUUCCGUGAGGGUGACGUGUGGAUCUGCAUGGAACUCAUGGACACUUCCCUAGAUAAAUUCUACAAGAAAGUACUGGAGAAGAAGAAAACCAUCCCUGAAGACAUUUUGGGGAAAAUGGCUGUGUCUAUUGUACGAGCUCUGGAGCACCUGCACAGUAAACUGUCUGUAAUCCACAGAGACGUGAAGCCCUCCAACGUGCUGAUCAACAAGGAGGGGCACGUGAAGAUGUGUGACUUUGGGAUCAGUGGUUACUUGGUGGACUCUGUAGCCAAGACCAUGGAUGCUGGCUGCAAACCCUACAUGGCUCCAGAAAGAAUAAACCCUGAGCUGAACCAGAAGGGCUACAACGUGAAGUCAGACGUGUGGAGCCUUGGGAUCACAAUGAUCGAGCUGGCCAUUCUCCGCUUCCCGUACGAGUCCUGGGGGACGCCCUUCCAGCAGCUCAAGCAGGUGGUGGAGGAGCCCUCGCCCCAGCUGCCCCCCGAACGCUUCUCCAAGGAGUUCGUGGACUUCACAGCACAGUGCCUAAGGAAGAACCCAGCUGAGCGAAUGAACUAUUUAGAACUUAUGGAACACCCUUUCUUCACCUUGCACGACACCAAAGAGACUGACAUGGCCUCCUUUGUGACAGAGAUCCUCGGGGAAGACUCCUAACUGCCAGCCCCCAGCUCCCUGCAGUCCCUCCAUCCCGGCUUCCCGCAGGACAGCGAGCGAGGACUCCAGUUCAGGGUGCUUUGCACAAAUCACAGAUCCACCUCCCCGGCCUGGGGGCAUCUCUGGCCCCAUCAAAAUCUCUUUUUCUCUUUGCCCUGAGGAAAAAAACCCCGCAGGAGGAGCCUUUUGAAGCCAGCACCUUCCUAGCCAAGCCAAGGACUCCGAAGGCUCAGGAGGUCCCUGAGAGGAGCAGAGGGUGCCCGAGGCCACCUCCCCUCCCCAGUACCCACAGCACAGCACAGGGGGUUGUGUUUCUUUGCUGUCAGGGGAAGACAGAGAGAACCAGUGCUGCUGAGCUUCUCCCACUCCUCUCCUGCCUGCCCAAGCUCCUUCCCUGGAGUCUGGUCUCACUUGCCUUCUCUCU